ACUGCCUCGGUGUCUGUGCGCGUUGACAGACCGAUGAGACUGUUUUAAACAGACUGUCGCUUCGUUUUCAGCGUCUUUAUACAUCGCUUGUGGUAAUUAGCUACUGAAACGGACCAUUCUGUCUCAAGGAAUGCUAGAUUAAGUGCUGUUGCAAAUGCACUUCUGGUGAACUUCUCUUUCUCGGCCAAUCUGUCUUCUCGGUCGGUAACCAUGGCUGAAAAACGACGGUCCCCGUGUACUAUGAGCCUCAAAGCGCACGCAUUCUCGGUAGAAGCGCUUAUUGGCACGGAAAAAAGGAGAAAAUUGGAGGAGGACAGCGAAAACUGCUUUGAUGAGGUAAACGAAGUGCCAAGAAUGACAGAAAGUCCGCAACCCAGCACUGGGAGAACUUGUCCCAGCACCAGGAGUUGCGAGAUAGAUUGCGCCAGCGACGAAUCCCCGGAGUCUGAGGACGUGUUGUUGGACAGCCCACAGCCUGCAUCCCAGGGCGCGCAGGUCCUCGUGCAAUCAGCCACGAGCUCCGGGGAGGAGAUGCGCGUGGACCUGCAGGGCUCAGACUUAUGGAAGCGAUUCCACGAGAUUGGAACUGAAAUGAUCAUCACCAAAGCCGGCAGGCGAAUGUUUCCCGCGAUGAGGGUUAAGAUUGCGGGACUGGACCCUCAUCAGCAGUAUUAUAUCGCUAUGGAUAUUGUUCCUGUCGACAACAAACGCUACAGGUACGUGUACCACAGCUCAAAGUGGAUGGUGGCGGGUAACGCCGACUCUCCUGUCCCUCCGCGGGUUUACAUUCAUCCAGACUCGCCUGCUUCCGGUGAAACGUGGAUGCGCCAAGUUAUAAGCUUCGACAAGCUCAAACUAACCAAUAAUGAGCUGGACGACCAAGGCCAUAUCAUUCUGCACUCCAUGCACAAGUACCAGCCCCGUGUCCACGUCAUCCGUAAGGAGUGCGGAGAAGAGCUCUCGCCUGUUAAGGCGGUUCCUACUGGGGACGGUGUCAAAGCAUUUUCCUUCCCUGAAACUGUCUUCACGACGGUGACUGCAUACCAAAACCAACAGAUAACAAGGCUGAAGAUCGACAGGAAUCCAUUUGCAAAGGGAUUCAGAGACUCGGGACGAAACAGGAUGGGAUUAGAGGCACUGGUUGAGUCGUAUGCGUUCUGGCGGCCCUCGCUGAGAACUUUGACAUUUGAGGACAUCCCUGGGAUAACUAAACAAGGCGCAGCCAGCUCUCAUGGUGUUGUUGGGUCUUCAGCACAUCUACUAUCCUCAUCCUCAUGUCCAUCCCCUACAUUCCACCUCGGUUCUGGGGCAGGACCCAUGUGUGAUUACUCCACCUGCAGUCGAACGAGCCACCCCCUCCACCGAUACGGUCCUCCGCUUUCCGCAGACUCCUACAGCCGGCUAACCAGCCCAACAGCGGAUGCCUUUUCCACUUCUCGCAGCUCCACAUAUGUGAGUGGGACAGAGAGCGAAGCCUUCUCCUGCACACAGUCUGGCCUGCCUAUCCAGAUCCACAGCAUGCCAAGCACAACCUCUCAGCUACAAUACCUAAUGCCCGGCCAUGCCCAUAAUGCAUUUUCCUCCAAUCAGAGCACACAGGGAUCCUACAAUGGGUUUCGGCUACACAAUCCAUAUGGUUUAUACGGUUACAACUUCUCUACUUCUCCACGUCUCGCAACUAGCCCUGAAAAGGCAGCCGCCACGCAAUCUUCAUUCCUUGGCUCUUCCCCUAGUGGGACACUGACGGACAGGCAGGUUUUAUCCACCAUGGACGGUCUGCACAUGCUCAGUAGUAGUCAACAAAAUCUGUUUGACUCACGGACUUUGGGGCUCACAAGUUCCUCUUCCCAGGUGACGGCCCACAUGGCUUGACUUGCCCCCCCAAAAAAACGUUGACGGACUUCAAACUCAGCUUUUCUUUGAGUAUAAACUAGUUUUUGGGACUUGCUAAUAGCAUAAUUUAUAAUCCGAUGGAGAUAAUACUGCGAUAAAAGGCAAAAGAGACAUAUUACAGUGUGAAGAACUCUGCUAUAUCAUUUAUGUUUCUGUGUAAGUGACAGCUGAAGAUCACAUUGAUGUUUUUUAAUAGACUGUAUAUCUUAAAAAUCAUUCUGAUGAAGCAGUACAGACCAUUAUUGGACACCAGGGUAUGGAAAUGCCUGGAGAAUCACAUGGGAAAGCAUGAAAGGAUCAGCCAUCGGAUCUCAUCGAGGUUCAAUGAGACCCCACGACUGCUGGUGGGAGUGUGAGGACUUUAACAGAUGACUUUUUGUGAGGCUGGAUUCAGCGUCUUAUGGACAAUAAAAAAUAAGUUUGGCACUUAAGAGUGAGCAGACUGAAUACAAAAAAAGACAGGAAGUGAUGUCAUGAAAGGCUGGCUGCGUCUGAAAUCCCAUACUGUAUAGUAGGUGCAACAUUUAGUUUCAAACUGCAUGUUUCUGGAUAAACUGAGAAUCACCAUUUCAUUUUCAAGAUUUUCCCACAAUUCUGAAUAGUAAUUUACUAGAAGUUCAGACCAACUUAAAACAAUAUUAUUGUUUAAUUAAAAUUAUUUAUUGAAUCAUUGAUGCAAAAACUUACAGAGACUAUAUAUUCUAUUACUGGAUGAAUCAGCAUUUUUGAAGAAUCAAUUGAACGAAUUAUGCUGGGCUAAAUAUUAUAGGGGAUGCUUGUCACCACUUAUUGGUAAUAAUGUAAUUGCUACUACCUUUUAAAAGGUUAUUUUGAUACACUGUAAAACCCAACAGUCAACUUUAUCAAAUGAAAUGAGUGUAGUUAACUCAAAAUGUACUGAAAGUUAAUUCUACACAUUUAAAAAGAGUUUUGAACUCAGCGUUGAGGGUUAUGAGUUAAUUAAAUACCUCAUUACUUCAACUUAAAUGGAGUAAGUUCACAGUACUCAUAUAGAUUAGUUUUUUAACUCAAAUGAUUUGUUGCAAUUGGUUUCCUCAAACGGUUUGAGAUGUCUUAACUUAUUUGGUUUUACAAUACUCAGUUGGUUUGAGUUCUCUUUAUUUCUUGGGUUUUACUAUGCUCAGAUUGCUUCGUUUACUCAAAUUGAUUAAGUUCACAGUACUCAUUAGGAUUAGUUUUAAAUGAUUACUUUAAAUGAUAACUUAAAUGAUUUGUUGCAAUCGUUUUCCUCAAAUGGUUUGAGUAACCUUAACUUUUUGGGUUUUACAGUAGACUACUGUAGAAAUGGGCAUUUAUCAUUUGAAUGUGAUCACUGUGAACUUAAUACAUGUGGCUGUGCUUUUGCUGUCAUGCAGCUACAGCGUUAGUCUCCUCAAAUCAUCUCCCAGGAAAUCAUGGGAUAGCAAAGUGUUCAUCGAAUGUGAACUUCAGGAUCUCACUGGUAGUAGAAGAUAAUAAUUCUUGCGUAAUUUUUCAUUAAUACUAUAAAUUCAAUCAUUCUACUUGGUUCACAUACAGUUUCUCACCUGCUAUAUAGUAUGGAAUUAGGCCUGUAUCAGACGCAGGGAUUGACUUGCUAGGUGACAAUCAACAGGUAACCAAUUCACUGUGCCAACUUUUUAAACCUAUAGCAGAUACAGUGCUUUAAUCUUACUAGGAAUAAGGAAACAUGGGCUAGUGUUUACAAAUUCUCUCCAAGUCGAAGGGUUUUCAUCUGGAUUAGAGCUGUUGUCUGAACCUUGGAACAGACAGAGCUGAAUGAAAUCUGACCCGAGAUGAUAAUUCUCACACUUUAUAAAUACAACCAUUGGCAUUCUUCUGAAGGAUUAUAGUGCUGUCACCAGAUACACACUGAUUCAAGGUCAGCUGUCUCACUCCAAAGACUCAAAUGAAUGCUUUUCCUUCACAGACAUGUUAGCUUUUGCUAAUUUACUUACGAAAUAGUAUUUUUCUCAAACAUGGAGAAUAUGAAUAUCAUUGAUAACCUGUAAAGAUUUCACUUGCACUUAUGCCAAUUGUAAAAAUUGCUUUUUAAUAUUCUGGGGUUUUUUUGCAAGUGGCCACAAUUGACACUUCCUCCAUGACUCUUGUUGGCCUGAGAAAUAUUAGAAAACCCUUUGAGCCAAAUAAAAUAUAUUCAUAUGGUAAA